CAGGGGAUGAUGGGAUAUAUUCAAGAUGGCGCAGCGCAUGGCUGCGAGGAAUUCGCAGCAGCGUGGAAAGAAACCGAAGCAUUUUCACCACACCAGUGACAAGGCUCGUCACAAGCUUGAAGUCAAACGAUGGAAACUGGAAGAGGAAGAGGCUAAGCGCCUUAAAUCUCGAUAUGAAAGUAUUGACACAGAAAACAUCAGCAGUUUCGAUGACCUGCCGCUCUCUGUUAAAACGCAAGCUGGGCUGCGCAUUGCCAACUACAAGGCACCCACGGAGAUACAGCGAGCUACCGUAGGGCUGGCACUGCAGGGACAUGACAUACUAGGAGCAGCCAAGACGGGGUCCGGCAAGACUCUGGCAUUCCUCAUUCCUGUGUUGGAGUGUCUUUACAGAAGCAGGUGGAGCAGAGUGGAUGGGCUAGGUGCGCUCAUCAUAUCCCCCACACGGGAGCUGGCUUACCAGACGUUCGAGGUGCUGUGCAAAGUGGGCAAGAAACAUGACUUCUCUGCAGCUCUUAUCAUUGGAGGAAAGGAUGUGAAAAGUGAGAUGGACAGAAUUUCCCGCACCAACAUAGUAGUGUGUACCCCCGGUAGGUUUCUGCAGCACCUGGACCAGACGGUCAGCUUGGACUGUUCCAACUUACAGAUGCUGGUUUUGGAUGAGGCUGACCGCAUCUUGGAUCUCGGCUUUGAGAAAACCAUGAACGCCAUCUUGGAGAAUCUUCCCACAGAACGACAGACGAUGCUCUUCUCUGCAACUCAGACCAAAUCUGUGCGGGAUCUUGCCAGACUCAGCUUGAAGGACCCCAAGUAUGUGGCAGUCCAUCAGCAUCAUGAGUACAGCACGCCAGCUCAGCUGGAACAGAGCUAUAUCGUUUGUGAUCUGGACCAGAAAAUGGACCUUCUGUAUUCCUUCAUCCGUAACCACACCAAGCAGAAGAUUCUUGUCUUCAUGGCUAGCUGCAAACAGGUGAAGUACACAUUUGAGGUCUUCUGUGCCCUGCAUCCCGGUAUCACCAUCAUGGCCCUCUAUGGGACACUCCAUCAGCUACGUAGAGUGGCCAUCUAUAAUGAGUUCUGCCAGAGGGACAAUGCCGUGCUGUUUGCCACAGACAUCGCUGCUAGGGGACUGGAUUUCCCAGCAGUCAAUUGGGUUCUGCAGCUGGAUUGUCCUGAGGAUGCCAGCACCUACAUCCAUCGCGUCGGCCGGACGGCAAGGUAUGAGCAGGGAGGCGAGUCCCUGCUCAUCUUACUGCCCUCAGAGGAGGAGGAAAUGGCGAAACAGCUGGAGGAACGAAAGAUACCCAUCCAGAAGAUCAAUGUCAAUCCCAAUCGUAAGCUGAGCAUACAGAAGAAGCUAAUGUCCCUGUGCGCCGGCAGUUAUGAGCUGAAGCAAUCUGCCCAGCGAUGCUUCAUCAACUACGUCAAGUCAGUCUACCUCAUGAAGGACAAGAAAGUCUUUGAUGUCAACCAACUCCCGCUAGAGAAAUACUCCUUUUCCUUGGGUCUUGCCAUCCCUCCACGGGUCAGGUUCCUCCAGCGGGCCAACAAGAGGAAAGAGGAACAAGAGAUGCUGAAGAAACGGAAGAACUCUAAGAAAGAUGAGAGUGAAGACCCCGAGUCUGCUAACAAGAAGACAGUGCUUAAGCAGCACCGGAGAGGACCAGACUUAGUAAUGGAAGAGGAGGAGCAAAAUGAGAAAGACGAGGGACUAGACGCCCUGGUGGCCAAGCUGAGAUCCACCGCGCCGAACCGGACCAAGGGAGGAGGUACCAUCAAGCUGAGACAAAGACAAGAAGAGGAGAGGUUGGAGGAGGAAGAAAUCAAGAGGAUGAAAGAAAUUCAGGAGGAUGCUCAGAAAAAUGCAGACGAUGAUGAUGAUAGUGAUGCCGAGGAUGUUGGUAAAAAGGUUCCAUCAUCAAGUGACAAAGUUGCCAUUUCAAGAACACAGAGAGUAACAUCAGAGAGCAAAGCGAGAACUCUCGAUAAGCCAAGCAGUGCAUCCAGCAAAAAGAAAUUUGGAAAAGAAGGCAAAUCUGAAAAACCUCAGAAGAUAUCAAAGUCUGAUGACGAAUCGGAAUCAAGCUCCGAGGAAGACUCUGAAAUUGAGUCACAAAAGCCAGGAGAGACGGGUUUCCAAGGAGAUGAUGACGAGGAAGGUGAAGAUUUCCUGGUUGUCAAGAAGAAGGAUGUCUUUGGUAUUGCUCUGGAAAAACAGAAACAAAGGGACCCUACAACAGAAACGAUAGAGGGCGCCAAGCACGUUGGAAAAUCUAAGAAGCCACCAAGUAAGGUUGCCAUGGCGAAGAAGCUUCGCCGCAUGAACAUUGCCGUCAAUACUAAGAAGGUCUUUGAUGAGGAAGGAGAGGUUGCAAAGCAGUGGCCUCCAGUCCAGCAGACUGCAGUGCCUGGUGAUGAUGAGACACUGGAGGGCGGUAUUGAUAUCGAGAAGGCCAAGGUGUGGAUGAGAGAGGAGGACCAGCAUGAUAAGCAGGCCUUCCGAGAGCGCAUCAGGGCCAAGCAUAAGGCUGAAAGACUGAAAGCAAAGGAAGAACGCAGGAAACUUUCAAGGAGAAAGAAAGCAGAAGACUCAGAAGAUGAUGAGGAUGUAGGUGCAGAACUUGGCCUUGGUGACGACUAUGUGCCCUUUGACCCUGACACCCUCCCCGACCCUGACAAAUAUGCAAAUGAGGACAGCGGAGCCGACAACGAAGAAGAAACACCAAAGAAAGUUUCAAAAAAGAAAAAGACGAAGCGGAAAGAAAAUGCUGAGGAAACGCCCAAGAAAAGAAAAGCAAAGUUGGAUGAGGUGAGAGGAGAUAAGUCAACCACAAAGAAGAAAAGAAAAAUGGUUGGGAAGGGGGAGGGACUUGGGGAAAGGGAGGAGGGGGCAUCAGUGGAUACAGGAUUGACGUUACAAGAUGAUGAAGAGCUGGCACUGCAUAUCCUAUCCAGGGGCCAGUUUUGAAAGCUAGAAAAUAUCACUUGUUAGGAAUUCCGAAAAACUAACAUAAAAAAACAAUGAAAGCCACAGCCAUCUUUCAGAACCACGGAAAAAACGUCCCUUUGAAAAAUAAUUGUCUUAGUAAGGGUGGCUUUGAUAACAUGCAUCACAUGUCCAUCGCAAUAUACCCAAUCUCACCUCUUAAUAAUUUGCCGACACCCUUCCAAACCGUCUGUCAUUAGGAGUGUUCGCAUUGUGUUUCAAAGCACAAAACUCUACUCAACUUGUGCCAAGCCUGUACAUGUUCGUAUUUUUUACCGUGGCCAGUCCGGCAAUCUGGAACAUUUUAUUACUUUCAUUAGAAUUUACAAGUUUCACACAACUGACAUAAUGGCUUAAUAAUUUUGAAUUGAAUAAAUUCCACCGUGUCAUUCAA